AUUGACGCGACACAUGAAUAUUGUGGUCGUUGUAGUGACGAAUUUUAGAUGUUCAAUUAAGUGACCACACGCGGAGCCCGACAAAAUUUUUUUAGUUCUUAGCAGAAAGGCUGGAGAUACCGUUUGAAUAUGACGUUAGUACCCGUGGCUUGUCUUUUUACUGUUGCCUUCCUUUCGUUUCCAGUUCUUUCGACAUCUCAUUGGUGGUUUAUGUCUCAAGUGUUUUCUUUGGGUGCGAAAAUCAUGUGUAAUCUGGAUAUGUCGGGCUCGUAUCUACUCAGUUAUCAUCAGAAGCUAUGUCACGAGAAUCCUGAUGUGAUAAUUAACAUCGGGAAAGGCGCAAAGCUUGGUAUAGAAGAAUGCCAACAGCAGAUGGAGAACGAAAGAUGGAAUUGUUCUACGGUAGAACAGGACACUAGCGUGUUCGGAAAGGUCAUGCAAAAAGCAAGCCAAGAGAAGGCUUUUGUCCACGCCAUAACUUCAGCCUCAGUUGUGCACCAAAUAACUCGAGCUUGUCGUCGCGGAGAACUGAGAAAUUGUUCUUGCGACGAGAAAAUUGACGGUCGAAGUGACGGGGAAUUCAAUUGGGGAGGAUGCAGUGACAACAUUGCUUAUGGUCUGAGGACUGCAAAGCUGUUUGUGGACUCCUUCGAAAAAGAGACGGAUGCGAAGGCAAUGAUGAAUUUGCACAACAACUUGGUUGGACGUAGGGCUGUAAAGCGCCACAUGAUAACUAAGUGCAAAUGUCAUGGUAUCUCCGAAUCUUGUGAAUACAUGACAUGCUGGAGAACGAUGGCUCCGUUUCACAAAGUGGGAAACUUUCUUAAACAAAAACAUCAGCAUGCGUUUAUCGUAACUGUUGAUCAGAAGAGUAAACAGCUCCUAUGGGCCAAAGGUAACUUUCAACAGAAACCGUCACGUGACGAUCUCGUGUUUUUGGAGAAGUUCCCGGAUUAUUGCGUUCGUAAUCCAGGCACCGGCUCACUUGGCACCACGGGAAGAAGUUGUAACCAGAACGUGCCAGAGGAUCACGGGAGCUGUGAUAUUCUGUGCUGUGGGCGUGGGUAUAACACGAUUCAAGUCGUAGAGGAAUACAAAUGCGAUUGCACUGUUCAGUGGUGUUGCCAAGUAAACUGCAAGACCUGCAGAAGAAUCGUUGACAGGCACAUGUGUAAAUCGCCUGAAGAUAAUAACUUUUUGAAAGAUAUCGCGCACAAUUAGCUUGUUAUAAGAAACGAUUAAUGCAAUAAUGUACUUCAACACCGAAGUGUUUAAAUUAGUCAGAAUCAAACCAAACCGUCGUAGUUCAAUUUUUAUAUAAAACUCGUUCAGAUAGAAGAAAACGUCCAGUAGAAUGAGGAAACAAAACAUUCCGUAAAAAUGAACGUGAGUGUAUAUAAAAGGAAACAAACAUGUUUAUUGAUGCAUACGAAGAACAUUUAAAAGCUAAUUUCGAUUGUGUGUCGUCAAACCAAAACCAUGGUAUUUAAAAUGGCCAAUCAACACAAAGGAGAACUUUGCAAGGGGCCAAUGAGAACUGCCGUCUGAAGCGCGGGAAAACGCAGGUGACCAAGGGGCGACUGGUUUUUGAUUCGGUUUCUGAUUGGUUUGGAAAGAGGCGCGAGUUUUCUGAACCAAUCACAAAGCGAAGUACAGCAAAAUCGAAGCAGUCCCGGCUUACCGUUCGAUACACAAUUGAAAGUUAAUCUAAAUGAAAAUUGUAUAGAACAAAGUCAAGUCACAGGUUCGUUUAAGAAACCAGAGAGUCAUACUCUGCAAACUAGAUUUUUUGUUGUUCUUUCUGAGUUUAAAAGGUCAGGACUCUUGGAUUAAAAACAAUACGCCCUUCACCUCGCCCUGUUUUAUGAAUCACGAAGAACUGGUAGUGAAUAAGCUUUGAAUCUGAUUGUUUUCUGAUCGGUUUAGAAAAAGGCGCGAGUUUUUGAACCAAUUCCACAGCGAAAAACGGCAAAAUCGAAGCGAUCUCGAUUUAUUUUUAAUACCAAAAUGAAAAUGAAACUGGGCGGGAAUUGUAAAUAACAUAGUUAAUUUUCAGGUUCGUUUUAGAGACCAGAAAGUUAUAAUCUAAAAUUCAAAUCAUUUAUCGCUCUGAGUCUGAGUUUAAAACUUGAAGAGCUCCUUAAUCAAAACAACAGGUCCUUCAUUACCUCUGUUAUUUGAAUCGUGAAGAACUGAUAGUGAUAUGGAAAAAUUAAACAUUGAGUACACCAUUUG